GCCGCUCUCGCGAGAGUUGAGGCGCCGCAGGCAGAGAUGCCCCAAUAUGGAGGCGAUGCGGAGCGGGGGUGGGGAAGCUCUCGCGAGAGCGGGGAAAGGCGGGCUGCGUGGUCGCUGCGUUCGGUGUUACGAAGGGUAUUUCAGUCACCUUGUCUACUGUUGUCUCCAGUAUUUGAUAUUCCUCAUCAAAAAGAAAAUAUGGAACUAGACAAUGAUACAGUCCGUACCAGGCAGCAACCGGCAUUUUACAGAGUCCAAAGAGAAAUGUGGACUGAGGAACAUGUACAAGCAUUCUUGGAAAGAAACCUACCUUCCACCUUUGGUGGAGAGCCACAAAUCGCUGAAAAGAAGACACAGCUGCGUUGCAGGUUCUCCUGGGAAAGUUUCAAAAAGAUUAUAUACAAGAGGUUCCCUAUCCUGAGUUGGCUUUUUUCCUAUCAGUUCAGAGAGUGGAUCUUGAAGGACCUCCAUGCAGGCCUAAAUGUUGGGUUGGUUCAGGUUCCUCAAGGGCUGUUAGGAGUUUGGCUGGCUGGCUUACCUCUACCAACAAUCAAUGGCUUCCUUUCUGCAUUCUGCUGCUCAGUGCUGUACGUUGUAUUUGGAAGUUCACAUCACAUCUCAAUUGGUUCAUUCAGCAUCCUAAAUCUAGUGGUGAAAAAUAUUCUCAAGUCCCUUGAUCUCAACAAAACGUUGUCCUUUAACAGUUCACUGGUCAAUUUUUCAGACCCUACACUUUUGAAAGGUUACGUGGAGACCUUGGCACUCACUGCGUCAGUGACAUUUAUGACUGGCGUAAUUCAGUUACUGCUAGGCUGCUUCUGCCUGAAGUCUGUAACAGCAUACUUGCCAAAGGCUCUCAUUGAUGCUUACCUCUCUGCAGCAGCAUUGCUUGUCAUUGUAUCACAGUUCACUUUUAUCUUUGACAUUGUGCUUGACAUCCAUAAGGGCUCUCGAGACAUUUUUUAUAAUGCGUUCUAUUAUUUCCUGGCUCUCCCAAAGUCUAAUGCCACCAGCAUACUGCUAUUUUUGCUUAGCAUGGCCAUGCUACAAAUCAGUAAAGCUAUCCGGAUAACGUAUCUUCAUAGUCCUGUUGCAUUUCCAAUGGAGCUUCUCUUGAUCAUCACAACUACCAUUAUUGCCAAUUGUAUUCAUCUUCACGCUGAAUCUAGCAGUGCUGUGCUCAGUAUGAUUCCUCAGAGGUUUCUACCUCCUACACUGCCAGAUUUAUCAAACCUGAGCAAGAUCAUCUUGCAUGCUUUCUCCCUUGCUAUUGUAAGCUGCUUCCUUCUUGUUUUUAUUGGAGAGAAGUAUGCUUUGCUUCAUAACUACAGCAUUUCCAGCAGUCAGGAACUAAUAGCUGUGGGGCUUUGCAAUAUUUGCAGUUCAUUUUUCAGAAGCUUUGCUGUCAGCUGUGCUAUUUCUGGAACUGUCAUCCAAGAGAAGGCGGGUGGAAGAACCCAGAUAGCAGCACUGAUGGGAGCAUCUAUAAUGCUGGUGAUUGCAUUGAAACUAGGACACUUUUUCCAGAUGAUACCUAAUAGCGUGCUGGCUGCUAUUGUAGUAUUUAACAUGCUACCUUUUCUUGAAAAACUUCUGGACAUUCCUACCCUGUGGAGAAAGGAUAAGUAUCAUUUAGCUAUUUGGCUUGGAACUUUUGCUGCAGUGCUUUGUCUUGGUCUUGAUAUUGGUUUACUGAUCGCCCUGGCAAUUGCAUUCUUCAUAAUCAGCAUCAGGACACACAGAAUGAAGAUGGUGGAGCUGGGACAGAUUCCAAACACGAAUAUUUAUAGAAGUUUAUCCAUCUGCAGAGCCGCAAUGGAGAUUGAUGGUGUCAAAAUCUUUCAGUGCUGUUCUUCCAUUUCUUUUGCAAAUAUGAAUAGCUUCAAAAAUUACUUGUUACACAAGAUGGACAUGAAAACAGUGCCUCUAAAUCCAAAUGAAAUUAGGGCCUUAGUUUCAGCUAAUCUGUCUGACAUUUCAGUGGAAAGCAAAGAUUUUAAAUGCUCUUGUGUCUGUGAUCCACCCUUACCACCACCUCGGAUACCAUAUACACAGAAACUGGUGAAGUCAUAUCAUGUAGACAGUAAUUCCACGUCAUCUUCAGUUAACUUGGUACGUUGGUCAGAGUACGGAGUUAGACAGAACUGUGGGAUGCUCUUGCUGGGAGCAGCUAAUGCGCAGUCUGCGUCUCCAGGCAUUAAAACACAACUUCAGGCUGGAAAAAAUGAGGACGAAGGGAAACAAGCUGGUGUUUCACCGAGCUCUGCAGUAGGUAAUACCUCAGCACAAUUAGAUCAGGAAGAACAGCCAGUACAUUUGCCAAGUCCGGUUCACACCAUUAUUUUGGACUUCAGUAUGGUCCAGUUUGUGGAUUUGCAAGGUUCAGACUUACUACGACAGAUCUUCCAUAUGUUUUUCAAUAUCGGCAUUACAGUCCUUAUAGCUGGCUGCCAUUCCUCUGUGAUAGCAGCCUUUGAGAAGAACGAGUUCUUUGACAGCUGUGUCACCAAAGAAGUGUUCUUUCUAACUCUUCACGAUGCUCUGCUGGCUGCUUUGGCGAGGCAUCAAAAGCCAGAUGAGAUAGAACUUACUGCAGAAGAGCAUGCUGAAAAGCUACAAGCUGAAGAUGAGAUGGAAAUAAAUUUGCUUAUGGAGAAGAAUGGAGGCUUCUUCUCUGCAAGGAAGCCUAACAGCAAACUCCUGCGUGAAGAGCCAAUAUCAGAUAACUCAUACUCAGCCCAGAAUGCAGCAGAGUCAAGCUCUCACCUGCAGUUUGAAACUCUGUCCCUUCAACUGAAUUUCUAGGACCUCGCGUGGGACAAGGAAUGGAAGUAUAACAGCAACAUGUGGAUUACAACUAUUGGGGAAUUGGGAUUUCAGUAGAAGGAAGAAAGGUACAGUUAAGCAGCAGUUGUGGUCAUUCUUAUCAGUAUUUGAUGCUCUUUUUUUUUUCUCCUGUUUUUAUAUUUAGACAGCUUGACUAAUGCCUACAGUAAUUCUGUGGUUCUUAUCAAAAAGGAACACCUGGAUAAUUAUUUUCAAGUAGAUGGGAUACUCUCAGCAAUGUACAAGAGAAUUCCUAGUUUUGGUGAAUUCUAGCAAAUGAUUUGUGCGUCUUUUCUGAAAUUCUUUAGAAGUUGGUUUAAAUGCUUCAACUGAGCACUUUUUAUGUAUUUAUUUAUUUAUUAUUUAUUUAUUAUUAUUUAUUAUAUGUAUGUAUUGGUAGUAAGUAAAACUCAUCUGCCAUAUCUGAAUAGAUUACAUGCAGGCAGAUUCAUUAUCUUCAGAGUGUGUAGAGUGAUGUGAGCUUCAAAGGAAAGCAUUUUCUUAUUGCUGCUCAACAAGUUGCUGAAGUUGAUAUUGUCAGCACUAACAUAACAUGAGUAUUUCUUCUGUUUACCAGAUUUACCAGAACAAAAUCCCAGUAAACAAAAAAUUUAAUUACAUUUUCUUUGCAGUCUCUUACUGAAAUGGUAAAGAACGGAGGAAUGUAUUUAUUUUGUUCUGAAGAGCCAGAAAAAAAUUGUAGACUAAGAUAUAGGUAACGCUUAGGGAAAAAAAAAUCAGCUUACUCAUAUUUUCUGCAUCAGCCUAAGCUAGGGUUGUACUGACAGCAGCGGUGUUCAACUACAUCAGCAAUGUAUGUCACAGGACUCUGCCAUGCCCUUAUUUGUUCCAUGGCACAGACUGCCCUUGUGGAGAGUCACAGGUAAAACUAAUUUUACAUGAGGGGACAGCAUUUGUCUGUAAAGCUGCAGUUCUGUAUGUGUGAUCUACAGUGGUAAAGGAUUUUGGUGAGCUGUGCCAAGUUACUUAGUGUGGAGGAAACUGAGUGCUGGAGCCCUCAUAUCGUUUGGAUUGAAAGAUAGGAAAACUGAAAGCUCAAAUGGUAUCGAGUAAUUUUCAAACCACAUAUGCUUCCCUGCAUUGUUUUGGACAGUGGCUUCAUGCCAAGCUCCUCUCAGCUCUGUUCAAAACAGAGUAGCACAAAACCCAUGAAAAUCAUAGUCCUCAUUUCCAGAUUCUGUUGGCUCUGCUAUGGCAGCCUUGAUUUAAGGUGAAAUGGCAUUCGUAGCUGUUGGCACUAUGGAAAGUCUCCACUACAAACCAAAGACUUGAGUUUUUUGUUGGCUUACUGGGCAGAGUUCAGUGUUUUUCCUUCCUACCAUGUGACUGCAGAGUGGAACACCAGGGGACAGCUUGGACGUCAGCAUGUUAGUUUUCAAAUUAUGAGCAUUGUUGUUGCAAAACAAAUACUUUGCUGACAGGAAGUUCAGACAAACCUGAUCAUUUUCCUAUACAGCUGUACAGUGCCUCAGCUCCUGCAUGCGUACAGAAUGCUUCUGUGAUUCACCAAGCACAAAUCCGUGGACACAGGCAGUGAAGUGACAGAGCACGUACUUUAUGGCUGAGGACUCCACCUGUACCUCUGAAGUCAGAGUUCAAAGGCCUGCCUGCAGUAGUGUGUUUGGAGGCAGUUUGAUGUUCUCGCCUGAUCUAGUUGCAACAAAUACAGCUGUUUUGUGCAGACAGCAUCUUUUUAAUGCCCUUCUGAACCAGUACAAACCCAUGACAUUUUCCUAGGAGGGCAUGCUGCAGAGUCCCAGGCAGCUUUCUCACUGCGCUGAAUUAGAGGGUGCUGAUCCCAGAACAUCACCACGCAAAAUGCAAAGUGUGUGCAGCCUGCCGGCCCUGCCUGUUGGCAUUUUAUUGACAUACUGCUUUGGUACACACAUGGCUGCAGAAAACAGAAGGUGGUAGAGAAACCUCAGGAGCUGCACAGAGUGUGGCAGGAGCAGUUCUUAGGCAACAGGCUGCAGUGUGUCACACUGCGGAAGCUAUGAGGAAGGACCAGGUAAACUGGUUGUGUAUGGGCAUCGUUUGGUGGCAUUCGUUCUGCUUUAAAAAUGAGUGCCAGGCUGGCUGUGGGAAGUUGACUGUAGUUGGGCCUAGAGCUGGCUCAGAACCCCUCUGUGGGCCAAAUUCACUGAAGUGUGAUGUGCAGCAUUGGCCACAGGAGGUGUGAACGUGCACUAAUAGGACCAGCUGCAGGAGUCCCAGUGCUAAUACAGGACAAUAGAUCCCACAAAAGGAACAGGCAGCCAAUAUACUGAACUCGAAGCGGUGUUUGUCGUCUGUUUAUACUGUGUUUAUACUCCUUUGAGGAAAGAACUUUCUUAUAUGGUUGCUGUUGGAUGUGAGCAGCGUGCUCCAUCAUGCUUGAAGUCUCCAGCUCAGUGCUACUUCUAGCACAGCGGUUGUGGAAGGCUGAAAUCGGGGACUGCGUGUAUCCUUCUCCGUGUCACAUUAUUGCCAUAUUUUGUACUAUCGCAUCUCACUUAGAACUCU